AGAAAGAUAGCAAACUAAAGGCCUCUCUUCUUCUUGCUUCUUUGGUAUCCCAUAGCUAUAGAUUAUAGCUUCAAAAGAAAACUAAAAAUGGCAAUCUCAAAAGCUUGGCGAUUGGUUGUCGUCUUGCUACUCCUCAACAUAACAUUGGGAUCCUUGUGUCAAGCCGCCAAGGAGUGCCCUCCAGCUCCCACAAAACAAGCCUCCAUGAAAUGUCCGAGAGACACGGUCAAGUUUGGAGUGUGUGGGAGCUGGUUAGGUCUGGUUUAUGAGGUCAUCGGUACACCGCCAAGCCAAGAGUGUUGCUCACUCGUCAAAGGUUUGGCUGAUUUUGAAGCCGCCGUCUGUCUUUGCACCGCCCUUAAAACCAGCCUUGUCGGAGUCGCUCCGGUCAAGAUUCCUGUUGCUCUCACUUUGCUUCUCAACUCUUGCGGCAAGACUCUUCCUCAGGGAUUCGUCUGUUGAUCUUUCAACCAAAAUUGUUAUCUUCUUUCUAUUUAUUUGUUGUAAUCCACCAUAUUCUUGCUUAUUCAUGAUGCUUCUCUUGAUUUAAUGCGAUUUACUUUGAUUUAAA